AUGGACGCCUCCUCCCUCCGCAUCUCCAAGUUCGAUGGAACUAACUUCCACGCCUGGAAGUUCAAGAUGCAGAUGGUGCUGGAGGAACGGGACCUAUGGGAGGUCGUCAGCGGUGAGAUCAAGGCGGAACAGUGCGAGACUCAGUUGGACCAAGCGACGUACAAGAGGAAGUCAAGAAAGGCGAUGGCAGUGAUCUGUCUAGCCAUGGAAGAUUCCCAGCUACCGUUGGUCCGGUCGGCAAGUGGUGCAUGCGACGCAUGGUCAAGGUUGGAAGACCACUUCGAGAAGAAGAGUCUUGCCAACAAGCUGUUCUUGCGCCGUCGCUUCUUCACGACAAUGAUGGAAGAAGGCGACGAUGUGCUCGAACACAUCAACAAGCUCAAGACGCUGGCGGAACAGCUAGAAGCGGUGGGGGCUCCAGUCUGCGAGGACGAUCUGGUGAUCACACUCCUCGGCAGCCUGAGUGACUCGUAUCAAUUCUUGAUCACAGCUUUGGAGUCGCGCUCAGACACUCUUAGCUGGGAGCUCGUGACGUCUCGACUGCUUCAUGAAGAAAUGAAGCGGAAGGAGCAAGGAAGUAAAGGUGAUGAAGCUUCGCAAGGUCAAGCGUUCAUCACAAGGGACAAUCAGCGCAAAGGGCGACCAGUGAAGAAGUCCUGGCCGUGCCACAAUUGCGGAAAGAUUGGUCACUGGAUGGCGGAGUGCCCCUCGCGCAUCCAAGAAAACACGGAGAGACACCGGCCACAGCGUGCUCAAGACAGCGGCGACCGCUAUCGAUCACAACGUGCAAACGUCGCUCAAGAAGAAGACUCGGGCGACUACCUCUUUUCGAUCGGUGAAACGACAUCUGCGAAAUCGAGCGACAUCUGGCUGGUCGACUCCGGGGCGACGCAGCACAUGACGUGCUCCAAGAAGUUCAUGCGGAACUACAAGGGGUUUGACGCUGUGGAUGUCCAUCUCGCGGAUGAUGGAAUCGUCCAAGCAAUCGGCAGUGGGGACAUUGUUGUUGACGGUCAUCGGUUUCUACCAGUAUUGGUAACCGUGACCGGUCCAAUCCGAACCGCCUGUUCAGCUUAG